AUGGCUACCGAGGCGACGGUCUUACACGGCCCUCUGCCGUCGACGGCAGAUGGCAGCACAACCUCGCCAACGCCGCGCGGCGGUGACGGGAAGCUGGACGACCGGCCCUUGAGCCAUGCCGCCGUUUCAAGACAGAGAGAAAGGCGAGAGCGGAUGAGGGACGAGGCAGAGCAAGAUAAAGAGGCGUAUUCCUCCGACGACGCCACAGUCAGGUCCAGCCGCAGAAGACCAGCCCCAAGACGGUCGUCUUUCCCGUACAGAGACAUCAUCAAGUCUGUUUUAUCAAACAUCAUGACCAAGAACGAGGAACCCACGUCGUCUCCCCCCUCUUCUCGGCCCUCGUCUUCACAAGGCAAGGACAAGCCCGACAUGAAGGACAAGAAAGUCGAAGACGUCGUCAGGGGCCUUGCCAUGGAGGAGUGGAACGCACGAUGGCUGGAUGAACUCGUAGCCAAGGUCAAAGGAGAGCUCAGCGACGCCGCCUCAGACCACAGCGUCUCAGACGGCCGCCACACGCCAUCAUCCCAGUCCAGCGACGACGAUGAUGACGCCUCCCUCAAGGACAUGAAGCGCUACCAGCCCACCGUAGAGGACUACGACUCCGACUCCGACUCGGCAUCAGAGCCCGACUCCCACGCCGCCCAAGACGAGCCCCAGCCCCUCAGCCGCUCUUCUUCCCUCUCAUCAGCCUCCUCCAACGACUCGGCCAUGUCCUCUCCCAGCAGCCAGUCCUCCGUCUCCACCGCCGCCUCAUCUCCUCCUCCCGCUGACUCGGAGCCGUCAAAGGACCCAAAGGACCCUCGCCUGUCUCCUCGCCCGACCGUCCACUUCUCCCCUCCCACCAUCCACUUCCUCCCACCUGAGCCCACGCCCGAGCUAGAGCGCGAUCAAGCCGAGUUAUACCGCACUCAGUCGCUGCCUUCUCAGCCGAGGCCGCCUAUUGUGUCUGAGAGACAGGCUCCUGCUGUGGCCGAGAGGCCGACUCCUGCGUGGGGAGCGCUGUUCAACGAUAGGGAUGAGCCCACUCCGGCCUUGGGCAGACUUCUCCGCGGUUUGGCAAACUACAUUAUCGCAGAAUACUCCCCCACAGACUCCCUCGUCAUCACCCCCGACAAGCUCUUCAAAUUCUACACCCGCUACAAGCUCGACAACGAAUUCUUCCCCUUCCAACGCGUCUUCGACACCCGCUACCACAAAUCCAUCCGCGGCCUCUCCUUCCUCUACACCGACCUCCGCUGCGAGCACCACCUCGUCCAGGAGUCCAUCACCCGCAAGCCCGUCAUCCCCGCCCUCACGCCCGCCGGCUUCGAGGACUGGAUGACGCUGCUCAUCCGCGCCUUUCCCGACCGCGAGGCCAAGAGGCUCGACAUUGUCCUCGCCGAUGUCCCCCUCCUGGCGGACGACAGACACAGCAGCAGGAGCCCCGUAAGGAGCAGCUCCAGCGAGAGGCUUCUGCCCAGACAGCUCCCGAGGCAGCUGUUCCCCGAAAGGGGCCAUGCCAGGGCUUUUGACCUGUUGGAGUCGUCCUUUUCGGAGUGGAAUAGAAUCACGACUGUGCCUGUCCCACCGCCUGAAGUAGUGCCCGCCCAUCCGCUUGCUUAUUCUCUGACUUCCAACAUCCCGGCCUCGCUGCAGAAACUCCCUCCCGCCGCAAGCAAGGCCCUCAUGGAAGAUACGCGCCGCCACAAAGACGCCUGCUACAUCGACCAGACCCGUCUGCGGCCAUCUUCCAUAAUCUACCCAUCCUCCGCAUCUCCCUCCUCGCCAUCCUCAUCUUCCUUUUCCACCUCGUCCAUCCCCGCAGACGUAAAGUCCCAUUCCGAGCAACAGCCCUCUUCAAGCUCCUCCUCCAAGCAUCACCACCGCACAUCCCGCUCCAAAGAACGCGACUCCCGCCAUCGCACUGCUUCAGAUCGAUCGUCCCGCCCGCGCGAGAGAUCGCCUACUGGACGGCGCAGCCACAGAAGCAGGCGAUACAGGGGAACUAGCCCCAGCGAGUCGGUAGAGCAGAGAUAUAGUUCGGGGAGAAGUGAUGAGCGACGGAGGGAGAGGGAGAGGAGAGGCAGUGUAGCUGAGAGGUGA